AUAUAACCUAACCUAUAAUCUAACAUAAACAAAAGUAAAAAUAAUUUAUCAUUUCGUUUCGUAUUCGUACAAAGGUCUCGUAUUUCAAUGAAAUAAUGAAUUCUUAAUAAUGCGAUAUAAUUUAAAAAAAAUUAAGAAGUUUGAGUGAGAUAUUCCUUCAACAUUAACGACUUCGCAUUAGGGGCACUAUGGAUUUGGAGGAUGAGGCGAUGCCGUAUUUAAAGCUUCUCAAUGAAAAUUCUGGCAAUUACCUUAUACAAAAUAGUUAUGAGUUACAGGAUUGUUUGUCAGUAGAACCAAUUUUCACAGAAAUGGAGACAGGAACUUGGUCCCCAGAAUGUUUUCCUAUACUUUUAAAUGGGUCUGCAGUAGAUAAUAACAUAAGAGGAGUUACUGAUAAUAUAGCAGAAAAAGCAGAAGGCCAUGUAGAUGACAAUAAUUCGAACCGUCAUAUAAUUUCUCAACUCAGAAAAUCAGAAGAAACAUUUGAUAUAACUCACCAAAAAGAGAACAUUCCUAGUUCCUCAGGUUUAUCGCAGAAUGUUAUAUUAUCCCAGGAUUCUAUGCUUAGAAGUAACACAAAGAAUCAAAAUCUCUCAAGUGGAAGUCAGCAAGGAAAGCAGAAGAGAGCAUUUGUACUCUGCGCUAAUGGAAAUACUUACGAAAUUAGUUAUUCUAAUGAUAAAAUGAUUGAUUCAAUUGAGUUACAAGAUAUCAACGUAAAUUCAGAGACAUUAGACAAUAUAAAUGAAGAUACAGUUAAUGGAAAUGAACAGAUAAUUCAAAUUGUGACUCCAGAAGAGCAUACCCCAGAUGUGGAAGAUCAAGGGGAUAAUAGUUUGAUCUCAGAUAACCAAAAAGAUCCAGACCCCUAUGAUCUUUCUGAUUGGAAUGAAUUUCAUUGUGUUGUAACUGCCAGGAAAUGUAAAGUUUGUUCUUUUCUUUGUGAAAGUUUAGUGGAAAUGAAUGAUCACUUGAACAGAGCUCAUAGGGAUUUAGUAGAAAUGAAACAAGCAUCUGAGGAAACGGAAAGUGGAAAAUCAAAACUCAAAAUGAGAUCCUUAUUGGAUACAAACACAUCUAAAGAAAAAAAUGUAACCAUUUUUUUAUGCAGUACAUGUAACAAUAUCUUUGAAACUAAGGAAUUACUCAUGGAACAUGUUAAGAUUCAUAAUAAUGAAGAGCCCAGUAUCUCAGAUGAGAACCAAAGAACAAAUGAACUAAAAGAUAAACCUGUAAAUUCUAUGAGAAAUCUGGCAACUUCACUACUAAAGAAACAGCAAAAAGCUAUGAAGAAACUCAAGUGUUCCAUAAAAGGAUGUACCUUGAAAUUUUCCAAUGAUGAAACAAAACUUCGUCAUGAAGGAUGUCAUGUGCCGAAUAUGAAGCACUUCCAAUGUCCUGAAUGUAAAGAGGAAUUUUCUGUGUGGCGAGUAUGUAGCAAACAUUUAUGGACAAGCCAUAUGAUAGAUGCUGGUUUAUAUACUUGCUCCAUAUGUGACAAAUAUAAAUCCAUUAGUACAGUUGCAGUGAUAAAUCACAUGGAUAUUCAUAAUACUGAGAAGCCUUUUUUGUGCCCAGAUUGUGGUAAAGGUUUCAAACAACUCAAUCAGCUGAGAAAUCACAGGGUAAUCCACAACAGAGCACAAGAGUUAUCCUCUUUGUCAAGUACGAGGUGUACAAUAUGUGAACGCACCUUUGCAAACAGAAAAUCUUUGAAAAUACACAUACAGAGUGUUCAUGAAAAAUUCAAACCGUAUGUUUGUGAUGUAUGUGGACAUAAAACAUCUAGGAAAGCAAUGUUGGAGCUACAUCUUCGUCUUCAUACUGGAGAUAAGCCUCACCAUUGUCCUCAUUGCUCCUAUAGAACAGGCGAUAGUAACUGCCUGAGGAAGCAUGUUAUGAAACACUAUGGUUACAAGAAGUAUUCCUGCCCAUAUUGUGAGUACCAAGCUAUCCAGAGCUCUGCUUAUAAAAGUCAUUUAAUUAAUAAGCAUCCAGAAGCAGAUGAAAUUUUUAAAUGUAGUUACUGUACAUUUACUACUGUGAAAUUCGAAUCGUAUCUAACCCAUGUGAAAUGCCACGAGUAUGAUGAAGAAAAAAAUAGAAAUGAUGAUCCAUCUGAGAACACUCCCUCUCCUACAGUUGAGACUGAAGAAAAUGAAACACAGGUCGAUUUAUGAUUCAAGAUAUUGCAGAUUAUUGAAAGGAUCUUGAAGAUGAUGGCUGUAACACCACACAUGCUAGAUGUAACCAGCAUACUCAACUUGGCGGGUAUUUGAGAUGCUUAUGAACUGUCUUGUUCAAAUCAUAUGAAUUCAUUUAUCACAUAUGAAGAAAGUUAAUGAGAAGUACAUUUUUUAUGCUUGUAUUGAAUCAGUAGUCCCAGACAAUUGAAAUGAAAAAUAAAAAUUUCUGUUUUUAA